AUGGAUAAUAUUGAGCUUUGUGCAGACAACAAUUUUGGUCCGCAAGUCUCCCGCUGUCCUCGCGGCUUUGAUUUCACGCUGCUUUUUGAGGAAUCUUUUUUUUCUAUAGCCCCAUCUGUAUUAGUACUAUUAGCCCUGUCUUUUCGCCACAAACAUCUGUGGAAGAAGAAGGGUAAGAAGGUCGGUCAAAGUCCAGAGUAUUGGGCUAAGAUCGUAUUCGCACAGGCAUUCGGAGCAUGUCAACUAUCCCUCCUGGUCAUUUGGGCAUUGCCUGAUACCCCUCGAACACGAACUUCACUGCCAGCAGCGGUACUAGCUCUGAUAGCAUCUGUCGGGCUGCAACUAUUAUCGCAUUUCGAGCACUUUUAUUCGAUUCAACCUUCAUUUUUACUAAAUCUUUUUCUGUCAUUGUCAUUGCUGAUUGAUGUUGUGCGUGUGCGGACACUAUGGCUUGCACAAUAUAUUGCCAUAGCUGGGAUCUAUACAGUCGGCAUAGCUUUGAAGCUCAUCUGGUUUUACCUGGAAUCAAGGACCAAGCAGGCAUCUUUUAUUGAUCGAAAAAUACAGUAUGGAACUGAAGAAGUCCGUAGCCUGUAUAGCCGUUCUUUUUUCUGGUGGAUCAAUGGGUUAUUUUUUUCUGGAUUCCAAGGUAACCUGUCGGUGCAAGAGCUACCGCACUUGGAUCAAGCAAUGUCAUCUUGUACAGUACACCGGGUCGUUAGACAGCGAUGGGAUUCGGUCUCAAAAUCAAGGAAAAAUGCCUUGGCAUGGUGCACGUUGGGCGUUUUCAAAUCUUCUGUGGCACAUUCCUUUCUAUCCCGGUUUGCUUUGAUCGGGCUAAAUUACUCACAACCGUUUUUGAUCACACGCUUAAUUAAUUACGUUGGAGGGAAGGGAUCAGAUAGGAAUGACGGAUAUGGGUUGAUUGGGGCAUUUGCGCUUGUCUUUAUUCUCAAGGCGAUUCUCAAUGGGAUUUAUGAACACUAUAACUUUCGUUUUAUCACUCAAAUACGGGGCGCAAUGGUGUCCAUGAUCUACGAGAAGACACUAACCUUACCGUCGAAAGAACUCAAUGAUCUGCUAGGGAUCACUCUAAUGAGCAACGAAAUAGAUAAUAUUGCAUCAGGGAUCCAGAAUGCUCAUGAGAUCUGGGCAAGUCCAAUCGAGCUGGUUGUCGCCAUAUACCUCUUGGAGCGCCAGUUGCUCUGGGCCGCAGCGAUCCCCGCAUUGAUUUCAUUGAUAGCCUUCUACUUUACCAGUCUAAUAUCAAAGUCAUUCCCUAGACAUCAAAAGGCUUGGAUGCAGACAGUUCGUGAAAGAGUGGCAUUCACCUCCCAUUACCUGGAUAUAUCUAAGACCAUCAAGAUGCUGGGCGUGUCUGAGCAGAUAUCAACGAUUUUGCGACAGUUGCGAGUCCAUGAAUUGAAUCUGCAAAAGAAGUUCCGCCAUUCAAUGGUGAUGAUGAAUCUUUUAGCCGGCACAACAUCGAAUCUCAGUCCUGUUAUUACUCUUAGUAUCUAUACCGGAAUUGCAUUCCGGACUAGUCGAGAACCUCUAACAGAGGCCGAGACAUUUAUGACGCUCUCUAUCAUUUCCUUAGCCACUAGCCCAUUAUCAAACUUGAUAUAUUCUGCCCCGAGACUUCACGGGGCUAUUGAGUGCUUUCAACGAAUCCAAGAACACCUCCUUGAAAGUCAACGACGCGAAGAUCAAACUAUUAAUGCCGAGAAUAUCUCUUGUGAGGAUCGGAAAACAAAAUUGGAUCUGUCGGGUCCUAAACCAUUGAAAAUGCACGAGAUAAGCGCCGAGCAUACGAUAUCGAAGGUUCAAUCAUCUAACAAUAAGGAGGAUCCUAUUGUGCUACAUCAAGCUGAUUUCGGACUGAAUGAUAUUACACCGGUGUUGUCAAAAAUAAGCCUUAAAUUCCAUCACGCGUCCCUCACAAUGGUUAUUGGCCCUGUGGGCUCAGGAAAAAGUGCCUUAUUGAAUGCCAUUCUGGGUGAGAUCCCUUGUUCAAAGGGCUCUGUGCAGGUAAAACCAUUGAGAAUCGCUUUCUGUGAUGGAAAGCCCUGGAUUCGCCAUAAGACCAUACGUGACAACAUUUGCGGACCACUUGCUUAUGAUCAGGAGUGGUACCAGAGGGUGAUCUAUACAUGUGCGUUAGCAGACGACAUCAAGAUUCUUCCCAAGGGAGAUCUCACUCUCGUUGGGAGCAAUGGUACAGCAAUUAGCGGCGGACAGCGCCAGCGAAUUGCAAUUGCCCGUGCGAUAUAUUCUCGCCCACAAAUAGCCAUUUUUGACGAUAUCCUUAGUGCCUUGGAUGCUCGUACAUCUGAACAUGUCUUCAAACAUGUCCUUGGGGAUCAAGGAAUCUUACGUCAGCAUCAAGUGACCAUCAUUAUUGCGACACAUGCACAUCAAUAUCUCGCAUUUGCAGAUCAAGUUGUUAUUCUUCAAGAGGGGAGAAUAACCGAGUGCGGAUCUCCUCUAGAGGCCCAAGAGAGAAUCGAAUCUGUAAUGAGUGACAGAAUAUCCUCUCGCUAUAAUGAAUUUUCAGACUCUGCUUCACCAGUCAGCGUCCAACAAUCUACAGUACCUUGUCCUGCUCCUCAUGAAGUUGACGAUGGUAUGAAUAGAAGACUAAGUGAUUUGAGAAAUUAUGCGUACUACUGGCAGGCCGCUGGACCUGGAAAUAUGCUACUUUACUUUGUCUUCCUUAUCAUUGGAGCCUUUUCUUCCCAGUUUCCCAAUCUUUGGGUUCAAUGGUGGGCGGAAAACAAUGCCCGUUCCCCAUUCGGACAGCUGCCAUUGUACAUCUCUAUCUAUGCAGUCUUGGCUAUCCUAGCGUCAUUUCUGUGGGCCUCAUGCAUGUGGCUAGUUUUCUGUCGCAUUGUCCCGAAAUCCUCAAAUAACUUUCAUGAUUGCCUGGUUACCAAAGUUAAGGAUGCCCCUCUGUAUUUUCUGGCCUCCACCGACAACGGCAAUAUACUUAAUCGGUUUAGUCAAGACAUGACCUUAGUAGAUCGCUCGUUGCCGGCAGAUUUUUUGAAGACAUCCAACAAUUUCGUUCAGUGCAUGAUGAGUGCAGUUUUUAUUUCGGUGGGAGCGAAGUAUAUAGCUCCCUUGAUCCCUGUCGCUGGGUUCAUUGUCUACUGGAUUCAAAAGUUUUAUCUACGAACAUCGCGACAGUUACGUCAGCUAGAUCUAGAGACCAAAUCACCGCUUUAUACCCAAUUUACAGAAACAAUCAAUGGUCUCGUCACUAUACGAGCCUUCGGUUGGCAAAAGGAGUUUCAAGAGGAACAACAGCAACUGCUCCAAGCCUCGCAACGUCCAUUUUUUACUCUGUACGUCAUUCAGAGGUGGUUGAUCCUGGUUCUAGAUUUGUUUGUGGCUGGUAUUGCUAUUGUGCUCUCUAUAUUAGCCGUGUUUGUUUAUAACAUUGGUCCCAUUGGUGUCUCCCUCAUAUCUUUGGUGACAUUUAGUCAACAACUAACCGAGUUGGUUAAUUUCUGGACCUCGAUGGAGACCAGCAUUGGGGCUAUAUCGCGCAUUAGGGGUUUCGAGAAAGCCCCUUCUGAGAACCUACCAGACGAAAACAAAAUUCCAUCUCCCGCCUGGCCGUCCGAAGGGCAUUUGGUAUUCCAUAAUAUGUCUGCUGGAUAUCAAUCAGCAACCCAACCAGUGCUUCGAAAUAUCUCACUGACCGUUCCUGCUGGGACAAAGCUAGGUGUGUGCGGGCGUACGGGAAGUGGUAAAAGCUCUCUGGUUUUAGCCGUCCUCCGCAUGAUCGAGAUCCAAAGUGGGGACCUCGUGAUUGAUGGAGUAAGCUUACAAUCCUGCCCUCGACAAAUUGUGCGCAGUAGGGUCACAGUGAUAUCUCAGGAGCCAGUUCUAUUCCAAAGAUCUGUGCGUGACAAUGUGGCGGGACUCCUUACCGUAGAUGACUCGGUGAUCUUUGAUGCCCUAGAAAAGGUUCAUCUACGAGAGCUUGUUGAGAUCCAUGGUGGGCUGAAAGCAAUGAUCAAUACACUUGCCCUUUCAGCAGGACAGAAACAGCUGAUUUGCCUUGCCCGAGCUAUUGUCAUGAAACGGAAAAUCUUGCUGCUAGACGAGGCAACCAGCAAUGUAGAUGACAGGACGGAGGAGCUAAUGCAGAGAGUGAUCCGCAUGGAAUUCUCUGAUUGCACAAUUAUCGCAAUCGCCCAUCGUGUCCAUACCCUGAGUGACUUUGACAAUAUUGCUGUUUUUGAUGAGGGCCGAGUGGCUGAAUAUGACAAACCAGCUGCACUAUUAAACCGCCCUGGGUCACUUUUCCGGGAGUACUAUGAGCAGCAAAGCAGUGCUAUGAAGUAAACACCUCUACCAGCUCAGUUGGCCGUUUAAAUAUUACGUAUUCGACACCGCCUACGCCUUUCGAGAGCGUGAAAUUGAUCGGUG